AUGUGGUAUGACUCAUUGGUCAUGUAGGAAUGUUAAUGGACAUCCAUAAUUAAUAAAAUAAAUCAAUCAUAAAGUACUAGAUAUUUAAAAAUUAAUGAAAUACUCAGUCCGCCAAAAAAGUGAUAAUUUCGUAAACGUGAUCAUUAUCAUAAAAUAAUUAGCAAAGCUAACAAAGAAAGAAAAAAAAAAUGGUUUUAUUAAGAACCAAUGAACUAUUUUUAUACAGUAUCAGCGAAAAUGUAGUACUGUUAUCAAGGAACUGCCUGAGGAGGUUAACGAAAUGUGAAUUUAACAGCAAGAAUAAUUACUCUUCAGAAGACUAAAGCUCAAAAUUGAAAAAUGCCUGGAAGUGACAUAGAAGAAAGAAAAACGUUCAAAGAAAACACUCGACUCCAUGUUAUACUAUCUAUAACCACAAUAUGCUUAGUGGUUAUUACCUUAAACAUGGGAAUACCCAUAAAGGUUGUGCUUCUUUUAGUGCUUUCUAUAACAAUGACGUUUUUUUCUGUUUUUCUUAUGGUUUGGUGCUUCACUAUUCUGGAGGAGAAAAGAAUAUUGGAGGAAUCAAGAAGAGAAUUUGAAAAAAGUCAACAAAGUAUGGAACAGCCUCACGCUAUAUAUAACUCAACUGACAACGUGGAGAGCGUUAAAAGUAAUCCUUAAGUUUUUAGGUAUUGAAAAUGUAAUAACCCGAAAAUUAAACUAAGACAAAUCAGUGGAAAAAUGUUAUUAUCAAUUGAAGUUGGUGUAAUUAAGAGAAGACUAACUUAUAGCUAUAUAUUACACUUCAAUUUCAAUAAAUUAAUUUAGAAUCCAAAGGCGCUCUCUGGAUGUUGGUUCCGGGAUUUAUUCAAUCCUAAUCAAGUUACUGUUUGUUUCAAAAUGUUUAUUAAAGAAAUAGUUUUAAGAAAGUGGAGUAUUUUUCAUUUCAUCGAUUGAAGUACAUAAAUAAGCUAUUUAUUAUUGCAUC